AUGUGGAAUAUUUUAGUGAGAUCAGCACUUUUUGUCUUGCUGGCUCUCGGAGUUUUUGUGCAUGGGGAUCCGGAGGACAAGAGGAAGAGUGCUGCCGACUAUUAUAUCAAAAACUUGCCUGGGCUUUCAGAUGACGCGGGUCUUAUGCAGCAUGCUGGUCAUAUUUUAAUAGACGAGUCUAUAAACGGGAAAAUAUUCUUUUGGCUAAUACAUAAUCGUCAUAUCGCUGAGAAAAGAAAAUUUGUUAUUUGGCUUAAUGGAGGUCCUGGAUGCAUGGAUGGGUUGUUUCUCGAAAUUGGUCCAUGGCGCAUGAAUAGUGAUUUAACCCUUAGAACAGAAUACGGAUCAUGGAAUAUGUUUGCAAACGUUCUAUUUGUCGAUCAACCGGUUGGGACUGGGUUUAGCACAGUAGAUACAAACGGAUACGUAUCAAAUAUGACACAGAUCACUGACCACUUUAUGAAAUUUCUUGACGAGUUUUUCAUGGUAUUCCCUGAAUAUGCUCGUGAUGAGAUUUUUAUCACUGGAGAAAGCUAUGCUGGAGUUUAUAUCCCAUACUUUGCUUCAGCAAUACUAAAGAGGAACAAGAAAAAGACAACACAGAUAGAUUUAAGAUAUGAUCUAAAAGGGAUUGUUAUUGGUAACGGGUGGAUCGACCCUAUUACUCAGUAUGAAGCAUACUAUUCAUUCGCUGACAUUAAUGGUCUUAUGGAUGAAGAAGCAAAGAAACAAGUCAAGAUAACUCUUGAAAAGUGCCAAAAAUUGCAAGAAACAAACGUAUAUAUUCAUGAGUCUGAAUGUGAACGGAUAUUACAAGAUAUCCUCGAUUAUACUGUAAAAACGGAAAAUGGUCAAAAGACUUGUAUUAACCAGUACGACAUUCGCUUACGUGAUACUUAUCCGGCUUGUGGUAUGAAUUGGCCACAGGAACUGAAGAAUAUAACGAGCUAUUUGAGGAGACAAGAUGUUAUUAAUGCUAUAAAUGCACAAGACAAACAGGAAGGCUGGGUUGAAUGUGCUGGUGCUGUUGGGUCGGCAUUGGAUAAUGAUCCCAGUCCGACGUCCUUUACCCUUUUGCCUGAUAUAUUAAAAGAUAUCCCAGUUUUACUCUUCAGUGGUGAUAAAGACUUAAUAUGCAAUAUUAACGGGACACAGAGCAUGAUCGAUUCGCUAGAGUGGAAUGGCGAUAAAGGGUUCAAGAGUGCAGUUCCCGUUGAUUGGCAUGUCAAUGGCACACUUGUCGGUAAUUGGAAGACAGCCCGCGGCCUGCAUCUGGCGACUAUAUACGGUGCCAGUCACAUGGUUGGAUAUGAUCGUCCAGUAGUAGCAACGGAUAUGAUUAAUAGAUUCUUAGGCUUCAAUUACACAUAUCCAGAUUUAGGGCCCCCAUCUAGUCUCGGAGAUGAUAAAUUGACUAUUACACCGCCGGGUGCUCCUACUGAUGAUGACGAUACCUAUGACGGCGAUGACGGAAAUGAUGAAAUGUGGGAUCGAUAUUACAACGCACGCAGAUAUCUUAAUCAUAAGAAAAAUGCAGGUCAACCAAUUAAGGCCGUCGACUAUGAAAACAACGAAUUGGAAGAACUUGUCAUUGAAACUCCUCUGUAUGAUAUAGGCGAUGAAGAUGAGGAUCACUUUGGAGACAGUGAAGAUGAGACAGAUCGGCAUAGGGACGUCCCAUCAGCGAUGGGUACCCAACCGUAUACAGAUGACGCGGACAAUGGCAGCGGUGAUAGCGACACUCAAGGAUUGAAAAAAAGAAGCAAAUAA